AUGGCGGGCUCCUCCCGCGUACCCGUCUCCCUACGGAGCUUCGCUUCCUCAAAGAAAGUCGCGGUGAAGAGCUCAUCGUUUCUCGUGCUCAACCUUGAUCUGUAAGGUCUCCGCUUGCCCCACGUCUGCGCGCCGUCGGAAAUUGGGGAGAGGGCGAGAGGGUGUUGAUAAAUGAUAAUAAUAAUGCGAGCUUAGCUGACCGAUUGCCAUUAAAACGGGGAAUAAUAAAUAAAUAAAGAUUCCGAAAUAUCGUGUUUGCUUUCUUCAUCCUGCGGCACUUUCGCCGCGCCGUGCGCAAGUUACGUGGUCGCGGCGUGUUCGGAACCUUGGUAGACUUCUAUUCAGCCGUGCGGCGGUACUCGUAUGGUGUUUUCCUCAACUUCCCCGGCAUUAGGUCAAAGGUGCAAUCGCAGGUCGAUGAGGCAUUGAAGAAGUUGGAGGAUAGGCUCGUUCCCAAAGGGCCUGGUGUUACCCGGUAUCUUGCAUUGCCAAAAGAGGGCAUGACCGAGCUGCAGGUGAAGGAGGAAUUGAAAAAGUAUGAUAUAGCGGACUCUUUGUUGUUUUCCACCCGGCGAUUUGGGGGUAUCCAAGCUGAUGGUGAGUGAUCUUUGACGCAAGACUGAGCGAAAUGGAACAUGUAUCGUGGGAAGAAGGAAAGGUCUCCGGUGCCGUUUAUCAUGGCGGAGAUGAUCUCUUGAAUCUCCAAAGUGAGGCAUCUCGUAUAUUUUCUAUCAGCAACCCAAUGCACCCGGAUAUCUUUCCCGGUGUGAGAAAAAUGGAGGCUGAGAUAGUAGCAAUGGUAAGGGCGAUUGGCUUGCCACGGAGAUUGUAUCGGAAAUGGUAUUGAUGCGACAAGUAGGUCUUGGCAAUGUUCAAUGCGCCUUCCGGUGCCGGUGGCAUCACGACAAGUGGGGGCACCGAGAGUAUAUUGAUGGCUUGCUUGUCCGCUAGAACAAAAGCGUACGUUGAGCGCGGCGUUUCUGAACCUGAGAUGUGAGUAUCGAUAUGUCUCUACCCAUAAUCAACAAUAGAUUACUGAUGGUUAGUGCAGCAUUGUCCCGAGCACAGCUCAUGCUGGAUUUGACAAAGCGGGCCAUUACUUUGGCUUGGCCGUGCACCGUGUUGCCGUGGAUCCCGUAACCCUUAAAGUUGACCUCAAGGCAGUUAGCCGUUUGGUAAAUUACAAUACAGUUUUGGUAAGUUGUGAAUGAUUACCGGAACCUACUAUUUGCUAAUCGGCUGUGAUCCAGAUUGCUGGGUCAGCGCCCAAUUUCCCACAUGGAAUCAUUGAUGAUAUCGUGGGUUUAAACAAAAUUGCUCUGAGGAGACGGAUCCCAUUGCACGUUGACGCCUGUCUUGGGUCUUUCCUGAUACCGUUCCUUGAGAAGGCGGGGUAUCCAACCGAACCCUUCGAUUUCCGUGUCAAGGGCGUAACCUCAGUAUCAUGUGACACUCACAAAUGUUUGUCCCACCAGAAACAUAUCUCUUUUGAUCACUGACAAUGUCUCGUGAUAGAUGGGUUUGCUCCCAAGGGAAGUUCCGUUGUGCUCUUCCGUACAAAAAAGCUUCGAUCUUAUGGCUAUUUCGUUUCUGCUGCCUGGCCUGGUGGGAUUUACGCUUCGCCAUCUCUCGCUGGCUCCCGCGCUGGCUCGCUUAUCGCCGGAACUUGGGCUUCUUUGAUGAGCCAGGGUGAGAACGGAUACACUAAUUCUUGCCGGGACAUCGUUGGUGCUGCGAAGGAAAUUGAAUCUGGUAUCCGCGAGCGUCUCCACCCGGACUUGUACAUUCUUGGGGAGCCAAUGGUCAGUGUGGUAGCGUUCUCCAGCAAGACCCUUAAUAUGUACGAGGUUGCGGAUGAGCUGAGCUCGUUGGGGUGGCACUUGAAUGCUCUACAAGAUCCUCCGGCGCUUCACAUUGCUUGCACCCGCCCCACCGUGUCUGCUGUGGAGAAGUUCUUGAAGGAUUUGGAAAAAGCCGUGCAAAGUGUGAAAUUGAGGGGCGAGGGCGAGCCUGGAUCAAAGGCCGCCAUUGGUGAGACUACCGCACUAUACGGAGUUGCUGGAAGUCUACCGAACAAGAGUGUUAUCAACGCGAUGGCGACUGGGUUCAUCGAUACUCUGUAUAAGGCUUAAGCUGGGAGUUUCUGGUGUUGGGUACUGUUGGUAUUCUGGAAUGGAAUAAAUGGGGGUCGCCUUGGUAUAGAUGGGGAAAUGGCGGUUUCGGGGGGGUUUUUUUUUGUAAUGUACACAUACUUGGGCAUCCCUUCAUUCUUUCAUUCUUUCUUUGCUUCGUUUCAGCUUAUUUUCUCCUCCUAUCACAGGAGCCUUCCGCGUUGGUUCAUACGUCUUAUCUGUUGUGUUACUGGUUGGCAAUACUUCGUUUUCGCGUUUGCAGAAGGGGGGAUAACCUCGUUGGGGAUAGGAAUGGGUAUUACCUGAGAGGGGAGGAUAGGCAUAUUUAGUCACAAGAACACAAUCAAGACUGGUCUGAUAUCACUUU